UCCAUUUGUUUAAUCACUGGUUUCUGUUUCUCCCUGUGGAGAAGGAGAGUAACACACUUGAGGAUAAGUCAACAAGCAAUUAUUAAGCACCCCCUAGGAUGGCAAGCUAGGAUUCAGAAGCCUGCCUUCUCUUUUCCCCGCUUCCUCCGUCUGCUGCUGGCACAAUAGGAUGGAGCGCUCUUAGAAGAGAACACCAGUUAGUUUAUCCUGCCUAAUCUUUUUCUUCCCAGCUUGAAAAAGACCCCCCAUGGGACGAGUGAAUGAGCCAAAGCCUCUUUUGACAAGAGAAGCUUAAAGGGCCCUUUCUCUUUCCCACCCCAGGAACUCCAACAUGACCAGGAAGAUCUUCACAAACACCCGGGAACGGUGGAGGCAGCAGAACGUCAACAGUGCCUUUGCCAAACUGAGGAAGCUCAUCCCCACUCACCCUCCUGACAAGAAGCUGAGCAAAAACGAAACGCUCCGCCUGGCCAUGAGGUACAUCAACUUCCUGGUGAAGGUCUUAGGGGAGCAGAGCCUGCAGCAGGCAGGAGCGGCCGCUCCAGGAGACAUUCUGGGCCUCUUCCCCCACGGACCCCACCUGCCAGACAGGACUCUCCGUGCUGACUACCAGGUUCCUUCCCCUGGUCCAAGCCGCCGCAUUCCCUAGUGGGGCUCUGCUGUCAUCACCCUGGGCAGCACUGGUUCAGAAGUCACUGGCUGUCCACAGCCUCCUGCACGUUCGAGAGUCAACUUGGUGAAUAAUUUGUGAGGCACAAAUUUCAGUUUCAGAGGAGGUGGCUCCGGGUCAGCUUCAGGGAGCUGAAAGGAGGCCAUGAGAAAUGUGGCUUGGGGGACCACUCCCUGGGGCUGCAGGCAGAGCAGCCUAUCUCUGCCUGUUUUAUAAAUCCAGGUUCUGCAUAAGGUGUUGUUUGGAAGAAAAAAACAGGUUACAAACUGGUUUGAAAAUCACCAUUGAAAAUCACAGUAUGUUCUCAGUUGUAUGAAAGCAGUUUUCUCAACAGAUCUCAGAUGGAUCAGCAGAAAAUGCUUCCCUCCAAACGUAAAGUUUGUUUUGAAAAAUGAGGCAUAUUUGAUCAAGGGUGAACAGCAUAAGACAAAUGAAAAGAUAGCCUUACAGAAACCAACCUGGAGACCUGCAGGAAAAUCUGUGGAGAAAAGACCCUCCUGACACAUGAGGAUCACAGGAAAGCAGCGGACUCCUGUGGAAGAGCUCAGCAUCCUUUAUCUCUAUGGAAAUGGGAGGGUCACUCGCCCCGAGCUGUGUGUAUAUAUAUAUAUAUAUAUAUACAUAUAUAUAUAUAUAUAUAUACACACACACAUACAUACAUACAUAUAUACAUAUAUAUAUGUUGUCUCUAAAGCCAAAUGGUGGAUUAUAUCUGUGAGAGGAAAGGACUCAAUAUAUGAGAGUUCCCAUUUUUUUUUAAUGAAAAACCGUUAGCUAAAAUAGCUUCCUAACCCCUUAGUUUCACAUUAGUCAGGUAUUAAAACUUAAUUCAACCCGAAUUCCUGCUGAUUUAAGACCUGUAAAAUCCAAAUAUAAUUAUGAAGAUCUAAAUAUUACCAUUGAACAGCUCAUUUAACAGAGAGCUUAACAAAAGAUUUAGAGUAGACAGUAGGAAUACAGUACUGGACUCUAAUGGAUUAAUGAAUUUGUGAUUUGUCUUCUCUGCUAUGGAACGUUAAGUCAGUCUUAUGCUGGGAGGGUGGUACCCACAAAGGAAUCAAACAGUGUGGACCCGGCAGAACUCACCACCAUGUGCUUGAAUUCAACGAUGAAUUCCAUAGUCUAGCCCAGAAUACAAAUAAUGUCAUUUGGUUGUCUCUGGGACAUUUUAUUUCCACAAAGUUCUUGACAGUACAUUGGUUUUAAAACCUUUUGAGCCACAGAUAGGUAAUUGAUGGAUGUGAGAUUAUGCGUUUCCAGUGUAUACACAAUAGGGGAAUGUAAAUUUUCUGCCACUCUAGAAAGAAGAUAUUUGAUUUAUGAAAGGCUGAAAUAAGCCUUUUUGGUUUGGUGAUCAGAAGAACUCUGAAGCACCUUAUAAUUAGACUCACACCUUUUCAACAGUGUUCAAUAAUCUUCUUUAUAUGCCUUUUGAUUUUUGAUUGAAUUAUUGUGCUUUGUAGAAUGUGACUAGAAGUACCAGCCAAAGAUUUUAUUUAUU